AUGGAAAAGGUACUGCGCGAACUGUUGGAAAUUAGAGGCCAAAUCGAAACGCUCCAGACACAGAACGCAACGCUCGAGAAGAAAAAUACGGUGCUUGAAAAGGAUACUGCAGCACUCCAAAAUGAUCUUUCAACCUCUAGAAAGGUUCAUAUCGGGGUACGCCAUGGGGUUCUGGAGGAGAGGCGAAUUUCCAACCGGGCGGGAGUCCGCAAGGACAGAGAAACCACGAGUAUUCGAAACGAGAUCGCACACGGUGGUGAUAUCAUUGGCGAUAUCAAGACGAUCGAGUAUGCCCAAGAGCAGCAGCUGCCGUAUGUUGCUGAAUAUAAGGAAGACUUUCAAAAGGUUUAUAGAGUAUCGUUUGACGAAGCCUUGACCCAAGCUCCAUCUUAUCCCCCAGAAGCUAUCCGAGCGUUCGAUAUCUUGGCCUCCGUUAGCGAACUCUAUGCUUGGCAGGCUCCUGAUCAACAAGGACGCCGAGAGAUUCUUGAAAAACAAGCUACUAAGAUUAUUGAAGCUGCAUUGAGCACCGAGAAAAACCAGCUGCAAGCACGUUUUGGAAAUAGAGGGGACUUGCGGGUGGCCUUUAAUGAGAUGGUUGGCGACUGGGACCAACUCUCCCCCCUCCAGCAGCUUGUCGGCGGAUUUGGAAACAUUGCGCGGAAUAUGGUUGCUGCGGAAGAGCUGCUUGAAAUUUUACACCAGAAACCAUCCAUUAUCGAUUGUCCCAAUGCUCCCCCUCUGAAAACCACUCUGGCCAAGGUGAGCUUCCGCGCACCGCCGGGACGGACUACUGCCAUCGUUGAGAAAUCCGGAGGGGGGAAGUCAACUAUCUUUAACCUCCUUUUCCGCUUUUAUGAUUCUACGUCUGAAGCCAUUCACGUGGAUGGACAAAACAUCGUUGAGGUCACACUUGAUAUUUUGAGAUCAGUUUUUGGUGUUGUUCUGCAGGAAACAAAACUGCUGCCCGGGACUAUUGCUUUCAACGUCCGUCAUGCAAGGCUUGAUGCGACCGAUGAGGAGAUCGAAAAAAUGCAUGCAAGGUCGCUGUGA